AUGGCCGACAGUGUCCUUCGUACCAACGACGAAGGUCCGGACGGCGACCACCAACACACCCAUACUGUCCUUACCACCACCGGUCCUGUUGGAGAAGCAGGACUUCCACCAUCACGUCCGCACGCCUCGAAUACGACCAGCUCACAUUACCGCACACGAUCCGCCGCUCGCGUGGGUUCUCCCGUGCCCUCUCUGGGUGGCCGUGGUAGUGGCAGCUAUCAGAACGACCCCUCUCGCCGCACCCACGUUCCGAAUCUUAUAUCGAGUGCAUUCCUUCCAACCAGUCCGAGACGUAACGAAACGCAAUCUCCGCCGCCCACGAGUCCGCAAAACCCGCAAAUUCCCAUCGCAAGACCGAGUAUCGACAGUGGUCGCAGAACUCACCGUUCUCGCAAUAGCAAUGCGUCGAUCGUGACUCUCGAGCAGAGUAACAGGCCUCGAAUUGACCCGGAUGCUCCUCCCUUGCCCACUUCCCGAGGAACUGCAACCACAAACUACGAGUUCAAUCGAGAUUUGCAACCCUUCGGCAGUGCCAAAAGUCAAGAGAGUCAAUAUCCUUUGCGGAAGCCGCCUGCACUCGAUAUAGACGGUACCACUAGAUCCGUCUCUUCGUUGCAAGCACAAAAGUCGCCCAUCUCUCUGCGUCCUUCAUGGAGCCGUCAGAGUCGUUCGAGCAGGGCUAAUGGCAGAAGCGCCGAUAGAGACGGCCACGAAAAGUUGCCCUCUGUGCCACCUUCACCUGCAAACCACCCGGCCACUCCCGUCGCCCAGGGCCACAAGCCGACUACCGACGGUAANAACUACCAAUACUUCAAUGGAAAUGCCGUCUUCUUUCUCCGUGGCAGACUUAUUAAUACUCGGCAGCGGCCGCUUAAUGUCUUUACUGCACUCCUUGCUGUCAUCCCUGCUGCUUUGUUCUUUGGCUUCUCUGCUCCAUGGCUAUGGCAUAACGUUUCUCCGGCGAUACCCAUCCUUUUUGCCUACGUUUUCUUCAUCUGUAUAUCUUCUUACCUUCAUGCCUCCUUUUCCGAANNCCCGGGAUCCUUUGGCCCAUCUGCGGGUGGUAACGGUACUACCGCCAUGGAGGUUCCCAUCAAGUUUUGCAAAUCUUGCAACAUCUGGCGGCCUCCACGUGCUCAUCACUGUCGCAUCUGUGACUCGUGUAUCGAGACUCAGGACCACCACUGUGUUUGGCUCAACAACUGUGUGGGUCGACGCAACUACCGCUAUUUCCUUACAUUUGUCGCUUCCGGCACAGUCUUGGGCCUAUUCUUACUCGCAGCCAGUCUUACCCAUAUCCUUGUGUGGAUGAAGCGGAACCACUCGGAUUUUGGGCACGCUCUCAACGUCUGGCGUGUUCCAGCUGCCAUGUGUGUGUACUCGUUCCUCAUCCUUACAUAUCCUAUGAGUCUCUGGGGUUACCAUCUCUUCCUCAUGGGCAGGGGCGAGACAACCAGAGAAUAUCUCAACAGUCACAAGUUCCAAAAGAAGGAUCGCCAUCGUCCAUUCAGCCAGCACUCAAUCUUCGCAAAUUGGUCCAGUGUCUUCACGAGGCCUCGUCCACCGACAUAUAUGCAGUUUAGACACCGCCACGAGGAAGGUGAUCAACGCCUUGGGGAACGGCGGUCCAGAAUGGCCAAGCAGUCAGAAAAGCAGGGCGACAUGGAGAUGAGCGAGAUCAAAAGCGGGACUGCUAACAGCAAUGUUGGUGGUUACCAAGGACAGCGAACCUUGACUCCUAUUAACAACACACCUAGGAGGUGA